AUGGUGAGUUUGUUUGUAUCUCCAUGUCAGGUCCCUGUGUCAGUGUGCAGUGACAGCUGUCCUCCAGGAACUCGUAAAGUGCUGCAGAAAGGAAAACCCAUCUGCUGUUAUGAUUGUAUACUGUGUCCUGAGGGAGAGAUUAGCAAUGCUACAGAUUCUCCUGAUUGUUUCCCUUGCCCCAAGGAGUUCUGGCCUAAUGCAGAGAAAGACUCUUGUCUCCCCAAACCUGUAGAGUUUCUGUCCUUUGACGAGGUCCUAGGAAUCAUCCUGGCUGCAUUCUCAGUUGCUGGUGCCUGUCUUGCCAUUAUAACAACGGCUGUGUUCUUUCGUCACAGGACAUCCCCGAUUGUCAGGGCCAACAACUCUGAGCUGAGCUUCCUGCUGCUCUUCUCCCUGACUCUCUGUUUCUUAUGUUCACUGACUUUCAUUGGAGCACCCACUAAGUGGUCCUGCAUGCUGCGCCACACAGCAUUUGGGAUCACCUUCGUCCUCUGCAUCUCUUGUGUUCUUGGGAAAACAAUAGUUGUGUUGAUGGCCUUCAAAGCUACACUCCCAGGUAGUAACGUCAUGAAAUGGUUUGGUCCUCCACAGCAAAGAAUGACUGUGGUGUCUUUUACAUUUGUUCAAGUUUUAAUAUGCACCAUUUGGUUGGUUCUUAGUCCCCCUUUUCCAAUGAAAAACCUGACCACAUACAAAGAGAGGAUCAUCCUGGAGUGUGCAUUGGGCUCAGAUAUUGGGUUCUGGGUUGUGCUCGGGUACAUCGGCCUGCUGGCUGCCUUUUGCUUAGUGUUAGCUGUCUUAGCCCGCAAACUACCUGAUAGUUUUAAUGAAGCCAAGUUUAUCACCUUCAGCAUGUUGAUAUUCUGUGCAGUGUGGAUCACCUUUAUCCCAGCAUAUGUCAGCUCUCCUGGGAAAUUUACUGUGGCUGUGGAGAUAUUUGCCAUUCUGGCCUCCAGUUUUGGAUUAAUUCUGUGUAUAUUUGCUCCAAAGUGUUUCAUCAUAUUGUUUAAGCCAGAGAAAAACACAAAGAAACAUUUAAUGAACAAAAAUUAAACCUCAACCAUCUGAAAUCUGUAAUUAAUGACAUUAUAGGCCUCUUCUGACAUCCAAGGCUUAUGUUAUUCAUAUUAAAUAUAGUCUUCACCUUGUUAACCUCUUUCACAGACUGCCCAGGAGGUAAUGCUGAGGUUUCAUGUGUGCUAUGUUGAUGAUACAGGGUUUACUGUGGGCUGAAGAAACUGUACUGUUUUAGUUUUCAGCAGUGGAGUUGUGGUUGCUGUUGCCUGUUGUUGCUGACUUUUUAAAUUGUAUUUGAAUCAGGGAAUAUGAGCUGAAUAGUUUCUCUGCUUAUCAGCACCUUUAUAUUUAAAGACUGUUGGCGGUCAACCACAGACUGAAUCUGAUGUGGCAACAUGCUAAAUGCCUUGUUCAGUUUAUCUUUUCCAUCUCCAGUUGUUUUAAUGGCUUUUGACCUUCAUUAUGUUGUGCACUAGUA